UUCUCCGCGACUUGCCUCCUUAAUUAUCACUUCAUCUUCAUCCUUUCACAGUCACUCAUUCACGCGCUCCUCGAUCGCCAUGUUGUCUUCCACCUCUGCUUCUCCACCUUGAAACAGAGGAAUUAAUAAACACAGACGCGAUGAUCGCACCUCGCCGCCGUAUUCUCCUCUUAUUCCUCGUCUCUGUCUUAUUCUUCUUCUUCUUCCAUGGUGCCUCCUCGCUCAACCAAGAAGGCCGCAUUUUGCUGGAGGCGAAGGGAGGCCUGGCGGGGCAGCCCGACGCGCUUUCCUCUUGGAACGCCAGCGACGACACGCCCUGUGCGUGGCAGGGCGUCAACUGCACCUCCGGAGUCGUGACCGCCAUUAACCUCUCCGACGCCAACCUCUCCGGCCCCUUCCCUUCGGCCCUCUGCCGCCUCCCCCACCUCGCCUCCAUCGACCUCUCCGUUAACUACAUCAACGGCUCCCUCACUGACGCCGACCUCGCCGGCUGCGACGCCCUGUCCUUCCUGGAUUUGUUUCUCAACAACCUCGUCGGCCCGCUCCCCGACGCGCUUGCGUCGCUGCCUAACCUCACCUACCUGGAUCUCUCCUCGAAUAACUUCUCCGGCGGCAUCCCGCAGGCCUUCGGCCGGUUCUCCCGCCUCGAGACGCUGGCCCUCGUCUACAACCUGCUCACCUCCACCGUCCCCGAUUUCCUCGGCGAUGUCUUAACGCUCCGGAAUCUCGACCUCCGGUACAACCCAUUCAACGCCGGUCACAUACCGGUGUCGCUCGGAAACCUCCGUAAUCUCGAGACGCUCUCCCUCGGUCACUGUAACCUCGACGGGGAGAUUCCACAAUCGCUCGGCCGACUCUCACGGCUCGCCUACCUAGACCUCUCCUGUAAUCACCUCCGCGGAGGCGUGCCGGAGUUCCUUUCCGGGCUAUCCCACUUAACCCAGGUCGAGCUGUACAACAACUCGCUAUCCGGUCGCAUUCCGAGAGGCCUCGGUAAGCUCGGCGCGCUACUUCGCUUCGACGCGUCCCUGAACCAGCUCGAGGGCCCGCUCCCCGACGACAUCUUUGACGGGCCGUUGCUCGAGAGCUUGCACCUACACACGAAUCAGCUGACCGGUGGGAUCCCUGCCGGCGUCGCGCGGUCCAAGAGCUUGUCCGAUCUCCGCCUCUACAAUAACCAGCUCCAUGGCUACCUCCCAGCGGAUUUGGGAAAGAUAACACCGUUGGUGACGGUGGAUCUGUCGAGGAACUCGCUCUACGGCGAGAUCCCUGCGAGCAUAUGCGACUGCGGCGUACUGGUGCAGCUGCACCUGAUGCAAAACUCCUUCUCCAGCAGAGUUCCCGACGGCCUAGGACGGUGCCGGACGCUGAACCGCCUUCGGCUCCCGGGCAACGCCCUGAGCGGCCCGGUUCCCAGCGGGCUCUGGGGGCUGCCGCAUCUCUUUCUGCUUGAUUUGAGAGACAACGCUUUGUCCGGCCGCAUCUCUCCGGUGAUCUCCAACGCCGCCAACCUCUCGUCGCUCCUCAUCGAAGACAACCAGUUCUCCGGCAUCAUCCCCCCAGAGAUAGGAGCUGCGGUGAACUUGCAAGAGAUCGCCGCUGGGAACAACCAGCUCGCCGGACUGCUCCCUGCCACGCUCGGCAACUUGACCAAUCUCAGCCGGCUCGACCUCCACAACAACUCUCUCUCCGGAGAGCUUCUCCGAGAAAUCCAAUCGUGGAAGAAGCUCAGCGACCUCAAUCUCGCCCACAAUAGCUUCACGGGCGGAAUACCCCCUGAGCUUGGCGGCCUGCCGGUGCUCAACUACCUCGACCUCUCCAACAACGAUCUCACCGGCCCAAUCCCGGACCAACUCCAGAACCUAAAGUUGAGCCGGUUCAACUUGUCCAACAACGAGCUUUCCGGCGCAAUUCCGCCCAUGUUUGCCAACGAGGCCUUCGGGAGCAGCUUCUUGGGCAACCCAGCGUUGUGCGGGGACAUGGCAGGGCUCUGCCCUGCCUCAGGGAGAACCACCGCCAACCGCUAUGGAUACCUCUGGCUGCUUUGGUUCGUCUUUAUCCUCGCCGGCUUAGUCCUUGCCGCCGGCGUUUCUUGGUUCACCUGCAGGUGCCGCAAGUACAUGAAUGCCAUAGACAAGUCGAAGUGGACGCUGAAGUCGUUCCACAAACUAGGAUUCAGCGAGCAAGACAUCUUGGGCUCCCUCCGCGAGGUCAACCUCAUUGGCAGCGGCGCUUCUGGGAAGGUCUACAAGGUCGUCCUGAGCAACGGAGAGACUGUCGCAGUGAAGAAGCUGUGGACCGCAAACAUGAACGGGGCCACCAUGGAUGAUGCCUUCGAAGCAGAAGUCGCAACACUAGGCAACAUAAGGCACAAGAACAUCGUGAAGCUCUGGUGCUGCUGCACUCACAAGGAUCAUAAGCUGCUGGUGUACGAGUACAUGCUCAAUGGAAGCUUGGGGGACCUGUUGCACGGCAACAAAGGGAGUGUUCUUGAUUUGCCAACGAGGUACAAGAUUGCGCUAGACGCUGCAGAGGGCCUCUCCUACCUGCACCAUGACUGUGUGCCGCCGAUCGUGCACCGGGAUGUCAAGUCUAACAACAUCUUGCUGGAUGAAAAGUUUGGAGCAAAGGUAGCCGAUUUCGGUGUGGCCAAAGCUGUUGAGAAUGGGCCUAAAUCCAUGUCUGUGAUUGCUGGUUCUUGUGGAUACAUUGCUCCAGAGUAUGCUUAUACUCUCCGUGUCAAUGAGAAGAGUGACAUCUACAGCUUUGGAGUGGUAAUUCUCGAGCUGGUCACUGGGAAACUUCCCGUCGAUCCAGAGUACGGUGAGAAAGAUCUCGUGAAGUGGGUGUGCAGUACGAUAGAACAGAAGGGCAUUGAGCAUGUGAUCGAUCCAAAGUUUGAUAUGCGCUGCAAGCAGGAGAUAUUGAAGGUACUAAACAUUGGUUUACUCUGUGCCAACUCUCUCCCAAUCAAUCGUCCGUCAAUGAGGGUGGUGGUGAAGAUGCUGCAAGAAGUUCGACUAUAGAACAAGGCCAAGCGGGUAACGAUCAUGGCAACAUAAUCUGAGUAGUGAAGGAAUUGUUUCAGAUCAAUGGUGGUUUGGGGCAAGAACUGCUAAAGAAUGAAUUCUCCUUGUGCUCUAUUUUUAUCCAACCUUUUUUUUUCCCUUCUGUGGUAUCUUCGACGGUGUUAGUAGUAAAAAUUGCAUCUGUACCAAUUGGGAAUGUGGCAAUUAGCUCAAGUGUUUUGCCGUCAGCUAUAUUGGCAUCUCCUCCUUGUACUAUCUGUGCAUCUCAAAUUUCUUGGAUUCAUGGGAAGAGGAAGCAGACCUCUGCAAAGAUCUAUAGUCUUCCCUUUCA